CCAAAGUGAGGCACUCAGCUGCAGAUCAACUCCAGUUAUCCUACCUGGUUCACAUCAAGACCCUUCAACAUGUCUUUCAGGACAAGAAGCUUCAAGCAGAACACCAAGAGUGUCUAUGGUGGAGCAGGAGGUCGUGGAGUCCGUAUCUCUUCAUCCCAGAUGAGCUAUGGAACACCAAGCUUGAAUCUUGCUGAUGGUCUCGACCUCCAUGUUGGAGCCAAUGAGAAGGCCACCAUGCAGAACCUGAACGACCGUCUGGCUUCCUACCUGGAUAAGGUGCACAACCUGGAGAAGGAGAAUGAGCGCCUGGAGAACCUGAUCCGGGAGUGGUACCAGAGCAGAAACGUGGUCUCCCGUGACUACUCUGGUUACUUCGCCACCAUCGAGGAUCUGAAUGAAAAGAUUCGUAUUGCCUCCAUGCUCAAUGCCAAGAUCACCCUGGACAUUGACAAUGCAAAACUGGCUGCUGAUGAUUUUAAAGUGAAGUAUGAAAACGAGCUGGCCAUGAGACUGGCAGUGGAAGCAGACAUUGCUGGUCUGAGGAAGCUAAUGGAUGAUCUUAACCUAUUGAGGCUGGAUCUGGAGAAUCAGUAUGAAUCCCUGAAGGAAGACGUCAUUAUACUCAAGAAAAACCACGAAGAGGAUUUGGCUCUACUGAGGACUCAGAUGGGUGGACAGGUUAAUGUGUCCGUGGACGCUUCUCCCUCUCUAGACCUUAACGAGACAAUGGCAGAGAUCAGGCAGCACUACGAGGGUGUGAUCGCAAAGAACAGCAAAGAGCUCGAAUUGUGGUAUCAAAACAAGAUUGCAGAAGUGGAGCAGGAAGUGCAAACACAAACUGAGGUUCUGGUCACAACACAAAGAGAGAUUACAGAGCUGAAGAACACUCUCCAGAGGCUGGAGAUUGAACUGCAGGGCCAUUUGACCAUGAAAGCAUCUCUAGAGGGAACUCUGGCAGAGACCCAGGAACGCUAUGCCAUGCAGCUAACAAACCUCCAGAAUAUGGUCAAGAGCCUGGAGGAUCAGCUGUCCCAGAUCCACAGCAGUAUCACCGACAACAAGCACAAAUAUGACAUGUUGCUGGAUCUCAAGACCAGGCUGGAGAUGGAGAUUGCAGAGUACAGGAGGCUGCUGGAUGGGGAGGAUGACAGCUCAAAACAAGUGGUCACAAAGGUCAUCACAGUGGUGGAGACAGUUGUGGAUGGAAGGGUGGUGCAGACCAACGAGACCGUUGAUGUUGAUGUGGAUGAAAUUGAGUAAAGAACUCUAAGCAUGAACAAAAAAUAAAGAGUUGAAUAAAAGUUUCAUGUGUGGCGUCUACAUAAAUGUAAGAUGAACAGAUUGUGUAGGUUUUCAUCUCUAUUGUCACUCACUAAUCAGUGUUUUGAUUUUAGCGUGUGGCAUUAGUCAGUGUGUUUUUAUGUAACAUAUGUAUGACAUGAAAAACCAGAAAUAACUGUCAAUCAUGCAGCUUUACGGUGAAUUUAAGCCCCUUUUCUGUAGCCAAUUUCCUCCUUUCAUAACAACUUAAAGGGGUUGAUUUUUUUUAAGAAGCCACACUUUCAAAUUGUAAUAAUGCUUUAAUUUAAGCAGACAGGCUUUGAGGUUUUGACUUACAGCUGGAAAACGUGGACGUGGCUGUAGCUGCUAGCAGUCUGUCAAGCUUUGCCUCAGCAAAUUUGAGUCACUCAAAGUCAUGUAUGUUGUGUUGGUGCCUGUUGAAGUAUUUUAAUGAAAUUCCAUCUAUUUUCUCAACCACUUCUCCAAUUCAGGGUUGUGGGGUAAUGGGGCUGGAACCCAUCCCAGCUGUCAGGAGUGAAAAACGCAGUGAGACAGACAGACAUUUAGGCUUUAAAACAGGGGUUCACAAAUCAGUGCCUUUUUACAUUCAGUCUGUGUUGAAUACCAAGAUAUUUUAUCAUAAAUGUGGACAAAGAAGAGGUUUAUAUAAUGUAAAGUCUUUUCAUGUUCCUUAAAUUCAAUGAGUACCAAAAAACUGUAAGCUCAAACUAAACAACCUUUAUACAUAUGAGACACUUCUUCUGACAAAUAAUAAGUUUAUCUCUCCUGAAGACAUGUACAAGGAAAAAAAUAACAAGCUGCCAUCUGUUAAAAUUUGUUUAGAACAGGUACUAAACAAAUUCUCAACUCCGUCUCUACCAAGCUUGAUUAUAAACUUAGAAGUAAAAUUGCAGCUUAUAAUAAUAGUUCCUGCCUGGUGUAGGUACAGGGAGUGUCAGGAAGGAGUGGGUUAAUGAUGGAGUGACAUAAUGAUCGGUUUAUAGUAAAGAGAUUCAAUGA